AUGCUGCAGAACAGCCGCCGUCAGCUUGAGGAGAUCCCCAUCGAAAGCCGGAUGAUCGUUCCUGACGAGAAGACGAAUGAGAAGUAUGCGGAUUUUAUGACCCAGGUGCGGGCCAUGUGGAAGGACGAGGAGGAGAAGAAGGAGAAAGGCGAAGAAGUCCGCCCCAAGAAGGAGGGUGUGUAG